CUUUGUAUGGUUUUGUUGCUAAAAGUGAACGUCGUCGUCAACAUUUUCUGUCGUGUCUUCGAUGCGCUGAGAAAAAUUUUGCUUUGCAAAAUAUUAAAAGAAUUUAUACUGAAUCUCAUUUGCAUAAAUAAAACGAAUAAAAUAUAAGCAAUGUUAAUAUAUUUAGCAUAAUAAAAAGAUAUUAAUGUAAGGUGUUAAGUAUAUAAUACGUGAAAAGAAUAUAGUUUUUAAGAGAAACGCGAAAAAAAGGAAAAAUCGAAUACUAACAGAAAAUCUCAAACAAAAAUACUCGAAUGAAGUUAUAAAUUAGUGUAGCGCUGCCGGUUAAGUGCUUUAAUGAUCAGUUAAUUCGAUAUUGUUAAGUUAAAUUAAGAACAAAAUUAAGAGAAGCACACAGCUUCCUGUACUUGGUUUGCUUGGAGUUGUCAUGAGUUUUGCAGUAACGCAAAAACAAGAGCCAAGCACACUAGCAAAUACAGAAGUCACAACUGACACAAAACUAUCAACAACAACAUCCUUUAAAGCAAUUGAUAAUUUAACAGCAUCGAGUGCAGCAUCAAUUUUACCAACAGUAUUGACAGCAACAUCAGUAGCACCGACAGCGAUAGCGACAGAGAUAGCGACAGCGACAACAACAACAACACAUUCAACAACAUUAACAAAAACAACAACACCAACAGCUGUGGUAACAGUCACAUCAGUUUUGGGUUGCACAUAUGCAACGGCACAAAAUUGGUUAAGCAAUUUGUGGCAAUUAGAAGCGACACAGCAAUUUAAGCAGCAACUGCAGCAAGAACGACUGCAUCAAGUGCAAAAUCAAGAACAACAUCAAGAACAAGAGCAAGAACAACAGCAACAGCAACAGCAACAGCAACAGCAAUUGCAACUGGCAGAGCAACAACUGAAACAGGAGUUGCAGUCGUGUAGCUCAGGAUAUUUCGCGAAAUCAACGCUCAUGAUUAAAAAUAAUGAAAGUGCUUCGAAUCUGUUGGAUUUGGGCGAAAAUGAAGAAAAAGAAGUAUUUAAAGAGCUGCAAAGGAGAGGAUCGACACAAGACGACGUUUUAACAGUUACAGCGAAUAAAUUGAAUACUAUAGAGGAAAGCUACGAGAGUAACAAUUCCACACAGACUGUGAAUAAUUCAGUCUUAAGUUUAAAUAUACAAAAUAAAGAAUUAAGUGCAACGGAUGAACCAACAACAACAAUAGCAACUACCAUAUCCAAUACAGUGCCAGCAAAUAGCAGUGAACUUUCUCAAGUACUGGAAUACCCUGUCAAUAGUAACUCUACACCAGCAAAUACGGGUAAUAACAGUAGCACAACUAUUAGCCUUGCAACAACAGAGGCAGGCUCAGGGUCAGGUUCAGCUUCUGCUACAGGUUCAACUGUUACUAGUACAACUGUAAUAGCAUCUACAUACAGUUCAGAGCAAACUGUUUCACCAGUAAUAAGUACUACUGCAACAGUGGUGAGCAGUGCAACUCAAAGAACACCAAGUCCGAGCGAUUUUAAUAACAGUUCAAAGGUGAAACUUAAUAAAACACCUUCAUACACAAAACUUUCCAGUAGUUUAGGCGUCAGCAGUGGACGUGUUGAAGAGGAUACUAUAAGCAAAUCGAGUGAUACAUCAGGUGAAUUAGUGCGUGGCAACUCUGCACAAGAGUCUAGUUCUUUAUCGAUCGAAAAGUCGAAAAGUGGUUCGAGGCUAUCUGAGCGUGCUAAAAAGAAGUCCUGGUAUAACGUUUUAUACCCAAACUAUAAGUCACGCUCACAGGACUUUAAGAAAUUGUUUAAGGAGGUCCCAAAUGAUGAACGACUAAUUGUUGAUUAUUCUUGCGCCUUACAGCGUGAUAUUCUUGUACAGGGUCGUUUAUACGUAUCACAGAACUAUGUCUGCUUUCAUGCCAACAUAUUUGGUUGGGAGACCUAUUUAAGUAUCAACUGGAAGGAUGUUACUUCAAUAACUAAAGAGAAAACAGCACUUGUCAUACCAAACGCUAUUUCAAUUUGUACCAACAAAGAAAAGUAUUUCUUUGCCACUUUCACUACGCGGGAUAAGGCGUUUUUGAUGCUAUUUCGAGUAUGGCAGAAUACGUUAAUGAACAAGCAAAUGCUCCCACAGGAGAUGUGGCAAUGGGUGCAUAUUUGUUAUGGUGAUGAAUUAGGUUUAACCACAGACGACGAAGAUUACAUUGAUCCAACAACAACAAGUAUCCCAAACGAAACAGAAAGUGAUAUUGAUUUUGUAACAGCUGUAGACGAUAGCUCUGCAUCCAGUUUGUUAGUUGCUGCAUCCGAUUUAGGCACAAUCACUAGUAACAACAUUAAUAUAAACAUAAACCAAAGUAUUAACCAAAGUGGUAAUAAAAAAAAUAUUAGCAACAAUAGCAGUAGUAGUAGCAGUGCCGGCAGUAGUAGCGGUGGUGGAGGUUUAAGCAAAUCAAAGUCGAAGUCAUAUUUUUUUAAUUCAAA